UUUAUUUCAGUUUCAAUCUGGCCGUCCAGAGAACCAGAUCUUAAAACUUAACACCUUGUUCGAGCUUUAAGAUCUUGCGAAAGAUUGAGUAUAAUUAACGUUCUAUUAGUAAUGUUGCGGUAGUUUUGUGGUGGUGCCAUAAAAUGAGAACUUCUGGCGAACUUGUAUUUAGAGUGUGUAUGUUAUUGUUGGGGCAGGACGUACUUAGAGAAAAACAGCACCACAUCGAACAACUGUUGAAGGAACGAGAUCUGGAAAAUGCAGAAUUCACUAGGGCAGCUAAUCACGCGGAAAAGGUCCAGCAGAAAUUGACCACUCUGAAAGCGGAAUACGAACAUUACCGAUUAGAAUGUGAAAAAAAACUGAACGAGUUUACCGGAGCUUUAGCACAAUUGAAUAUUGAUCGUCAGAGUAUACUUUCUCAACUCGAUGAUGAGAAAAGACGAAACGAAGAUCUACAGUUCAGAUUCGAAGAAGCAGCUAUCACCAAAGGCGAUGUUGAGGUUGUCAACCAAACCAAUAAACACAAAAUAAUUGCCUUGGAAAAACAACUUGCUGCGGAGCGUCUGAAGAGUGAUCAGUUGGAAACGGAAUCGAGCAAACUAUUUGAAGCGGAAGAAGCGUUGGUCAAAUCUCGCGAUGAAAUCGAAUCUUUAAAAUCGAAUCUGGAUAAGGUGGUACAAAAGCGUGACGUUUUGCAAGUCGAACACCAAACAUCAACAGAAACUGCAACGUUCCUAAAACAUCAAUUGGAAACCACAAAAACGGCUUUAGACAAUCUUCAACGGCAAAGUUCAAAACAAAUUGAUGAACUAAAACUGAACGUUGCCACCAGUCGCACAGAUAAAUUCGAAAUAGAAAAAGAAUUAUCAAAUUACAAAGAUAAACUAAAAGAUCGUUCCUCUUCCUGUGAAAUCUACCACCAGGAAAUAACGUCUCUGAAAGAAGAACUAUCACUUGUAAAGUUACAGCUCACUAAAAAAACAACAGAAUCGCACACUGAAGAAAGUAGUCUGAGAAUCGAAGUAGAAAGAUUAAAAGCCGAACUGCUUAGAAAAGAUACUGAACUGCAAUCCAAGGACCAACUGCUGGUUACCAAGACCGAUGAGCUCAGAAGUUUGAAGGCGUUGUUGGAAACCACUCAAAUUGACCUCAACGCGAAAUCCGUGGACAUUGAGAGAUAUCAACGCAGUAAACAAGAUGCCGAGAUUGUUUUCAAUAAAGAAAUUGAGUAUCUUAAAAAAACUCUCAAGGAGAAAAUCACAGAAAGGGAAGAGAUCGAAAAAACGUCUACCAUUCAAAUUACGCAAAAGAACGCCGAAAUAGCGGAGGCGACGAAAACAAUAAGCAGUCACGUUAGUGAAAUUCAAAGGCUCCGAAAGGAUCUGAAUGAAGCGAAGGUAAGCCUUGAACGCAACAGCAUCGAUGUACACGAGAGGCACACUCGCCAGAUUGCAAUUAAGGAAUCAGAACUGAUGGAAUUAGCUGCCGAACUUCAGUUGAAGAAAGAAGAAUUAACAAAAUGUUCCAUUGUCACCACAAAGCUCGAGGAUGAUAUUUGUGCCAAAAACGGAAUCAUCGAUAAACUACAGUUGGAAUUUGAUUCCUUGAAAAAACAAUGCCAAAUGGAUCAAAUUUCCGCUGCCGAAUACACGAAACGUAUUACUGAAUUGCAGUUAACCAAUGGCGAUUUGCAACGAAAAUUAAGCAGUACAGAGGAGGUUAUCAAUGAUUUGAAAGAACAAAAACGCAGACUGGAACAAGAACUUCAGAGUGUGAUCACAUCCGCCGGUGACUACAGCAGUGAAUUGCGUAAACUGAACGCGGCCGUUUUAGAAAAAGAACAAAUGAUUGCAACCGUAAGGGACGAGUACUUGCAAAAAUUGCAACAUUCUCAAGGCAUCGAACAACAACUUCAGUUACAACUGUUGAAGGUCAACGAAGAUUCUAAACGUACCAUUGCCACCUUAGAAGAGCAGAUAAAGACAGUUCAGCAGACUGAGCAAAUGCUGCGCGAUCAGUGUACCGCGUCAAACGCGGAGGCAGUUAAAAUUCGGGAGGAGCUUAUGCUGAAGGUCAACCAGCUGCAGAGCGUAAUUGAAGAAAAGGAGUUCGCUUCGAAAGUGGCAAUCAGCGAUCACGCAGAGAGUAAACGGUAUUUAACAGAGCAAUUGGAGAGGGCUACGGGCGAACUACAAAGGACAAUUGACUCGUGUAAGCUAAAGAUCGACGAAAUAACAGCCGAAAACAUGAACACCAGAAACUUGCUUACCCAAAAAUCUCAGGAACUGAUCGAAUCCGAAGCAAAACUGAAACAUGUAACGUCACAAUUCCAAAUCAACGAAGGUGACCUGCGCCGGGGCCACGAGGAACUAGUGAAACAAAUCCAGUUCGACUUAGGGGAAAAAUCUGCUCUGGUCAGUCAAUACCAAACCGAGUUGGAGUUAUUAAAACGAGACUGUCAGAAUCGUAAUAUAAACGUGGUCGAAAAGGAUCAUAAAAUUUCCGAACUUUCGGCCCAAUUGGAAGACAAUCUUAAAUUAAUUACGCAAUUGCAAAACGAGAAGGACGCGUUACAACUCUCGCAAGUUGAAGUCAACAAAAAUUGGGUGACCCAAAAUCAACAGUGCACGAAUUUGCUUAAUCAAGUGGCAAUUCUUACAGAAAAAGUUGAGCUCGGUCAGAAAUUUGCGGAAGAAUUACAAAUGCAAAAGAAUAUUCACGAGCAGUUACUCAAUCAGUUGAAACUUACUGAGCAACAGAAACGAGAACUUAUUGCGCGUUUGGAAAGUGAAGUAAAUAAUAAUGGAGAUGCCGAUAGGUGCGUGUACAUGUUGGAGCUAGCGAAGAAUCUUCAAGCUUCCUCCACUAACGAAUACACUCAGAAGAUUGCCGAAUUACAAAAGGUGCUGGAGACCACUCGUCUCAGUCUAACAGACAGCCAACUGCAAGUAAAUGCUCAAAAAGAAGAGAUAUUGAGAUUGCAAAACGACAUGCUCAAGGGACAACUAGGCAGAGCGUACAAUUUCGGACCUAAUAACACAUUGAGAAAUAUACAAGGAAACACACCAACUGAUCAUCCAUUACAAAACCCAUUAUUCUUACAAGUUCAGCUUACGAUGAUUAAAAACUCGUACUUCACGCUCAUGCAAAAACUGAUCGAAUCGCUUAAAAUAAACAGUCAAUUGGUUAACUACUUAGAAAGUGCAGUCGUUCAAAAUGAUCAAAAUCAGAUGUACACGUUGCUACGCGAUUUUGUUAACUUCAAACAUUAUAUGCACGCAUUAAGACACAGAAUCGAACGCGAAAGUUAUAAAUUCCAAAAAAUGAUCUCUUAUACCUUACUAAAUUUGCACCGUAAACAGGUCGAAUUGUACAUACAAAAUAAUUACAUACGACAAUUGCAGAAUAAUUAUAAUUCACUGCCAACACAGUGCAAGUUGAUUCGCUUUAAUACCAAUGACAAUAUUGAUUUCGAAUUACCAACUAAUACCCAAAUAGAGCUGGAUAAGGCGCUUGAUUUAAUUAAACUCAAAGACCAACAAAUUCAGAAUCUUCAAACUUAUCUUACCUCGGUCCAGGAUAAUUGUAAAAAUCUAUUCAGUUCCAAAUGCCCUCAAGGUGUGUUCGAGAACAAUCAACCGCAAGCACCGGCGCAACCGUGCGUACCCAAGAUCAUUGUAAAAAAGGUGCGUGUCUUACCAGAAUCCUGCAAACAAAAUUUCGGCAAUUAUCUUCUUCCAUAUUCCAAUGUGCAGAACGGUUCUUUGCGACCAAUACAGAAUUUCCCUCCGUACCUUUCACCGUCGAAUAUCAGAUGGUCCCCUGCAAAUAAUCAGUACUUUAAUCCUAGUCCUUUCCCGUACCCGAAUGAGUACGUUCAGCAGUCAACCACUCCCAUUGCUAACUUGUUGAGUAAAUGUCGUGAAAUUUGUGACUCUGACAGUCGAAAUCUUAGAACCUCUUCUCAAUCAAUUCCUUUGUUCGCCGGUAUUAAUCGAUUGCAGUCUCCAGUGUGGCCCACACAAGAUUUACUAGUCAAUUUCUUAAAGAGACAGGUUCAGGUUCUGGCGGCGCAGUUGGAGAAUUUCAGGGGCCAGCAGCAACCCUAUUCUUCAGUUUUUAAUUCAGGAAUACCUCAACACAUCCUAGGAAGGUAUCCACAAUUGGUUGCUCUUUUACGAAGGCAAAUAAAUAAUCUUCUAUUAAGUAGAGGUUGCCCAUUAAUUUCUCCAGAAAAAGAGGUGGAAAUUGAUAGCCUAAAACGUCAAAUUAACCUUUUAACCACCUAUCUUGGUAGUGGUGGUAUUCCAUAUGGUCCCAUUAUUCCUGCAACAAAUCAGUUGAAACCGUUAUUGCGGAACCUUUUAAUUAGAUUGAAUAACAUAAAGAUGCUUGGACCACAGCCAAAUGUAAUCCAACCCAUUGGCGGUCAGUCACAACAGCCUAUAUCGGAAACACCCGAAAUUGAUCUUCUAAGAACCCAAAUUCCGAAUGUGUUAAGAGAACUGAAUAACAUAAACUUACAACCGAACAGCCAACAGUGUUUGCCCUAUAACGUUGUUGUGCAGCGAAUCCCUAUAAGCUCUCCCGUAUCACUUGGUCAAAUAUCCCCAUUCAACGUUCCAAAAAUAUUGACUCGUGUCGUUCAUGUGCCGGUCUUGCCGAACUCAGGUACUGGAUUUGUACCACUGUCCCAACCUUCACGAUUAAUAAUAAAGAGCAUUCCGGUAUAUCAAUCGCCCUUAUACGCUCAAGGCGUACCAAGUUACUUGAACACACCGUACGCCCCCGAGUCAACAUUAUUUACAACUCCUGGUGGCAGUCGGGGUGUUCCUUACAGUUCACCAGUGAUAAGAACUGUCUAUUUACCGCAGCCUCCUAAAAUUGUCACUAAAUAUGUGAUCCAACCGUGUCCAAAUGUACCGUCUGGCGUAGUUCCCAAUACACUAUUACAACCUGAGAUUUCCAUUUCUUCAUCGAAUCCAGCUUCGGGUAUAUCUGUAACUCAAGACAAUGUCACUUGCGUUCGGCAGCCUCCUCAAGUAAUCAUACAGAAAGUGCCUCAAUAUAUUACACAGCCUUGUAGAAAUGCACCUUCACAAAUUAUAGUCAAUAAAGUUCCUCAUUUCAGUACUCAACCCUUCUCACAGGCUGUACCUUUCUUCCCCACACAGUUUACUGGACAAUAUCCACAAGAACAAUUUAAGUACAUUCCUAUACCCCCUAGAAUCAUAAAUCGCUAUAUUGCUCAUCCAAAUGGUGGAAUUUCUCCAUCUUGGCCUCAGAUUCAUACCACACCACAGAGGUACCCAGCGCAGAUGUGCAUUCAGCAACAUCCACAAAUAAUUACGAGAACUGUUGCAGUUCCGGUACCUCAACCUCCUCGUGUGAUAAUUCGAGAGGUACCCAAAUUUAUGCCGCCAACUGGCUUCUCGUAUGUUCCUUCACUUACAACACCAAACCAAUUUGGUUGUGCGCCAAGGGUCGUAGUGAAAGUUGUUUCAGUACCGAAAUAUAUUAAUUUACCGCCGCGAGUCAUUACUAGAAUCGUACCAGUUGCUCCACAACUGGUGCCCCAAAUUUCCAAAAUUGACGUGCCUAGUUCGCCAAUUGCUCAAACUGGUGGUGUAACGAAUGUAAUUUCUACUUCAGUACCUCCACGUGCCAUCUAUAAGUAUGUACCACAACCAGUUCCACAGAUCGUUUAUCAACCUCCGAAAAUAAUCACUAAAGUUGUAACAGUUCCUGCAGCACCGAGAAUUGUUAUCAAAGAAGUACCUAGAUUUAUACCACAGCCAGGAAUAAGAUACGUGCAAGUUCCUACAUCAACGAUAGAUGAUACAGAUUCAUCAGUUCACCAUUCGGACAGUACUCAUCUAAACGUCCCGGACAUUGGUGUUGUCCCACAAUAUCAACCUCCAAGAAUUAUUACCAAAAUUGUACCAGUUCCUGUACCACAAUCUCCGCAGAUUAUUACAGUACCGAGAUAUAUAUCUCGCGGUUGCCCCAAACAACAAAUUAAAUAUGUACCCAUUCCAACACCAUUCUCGCUAAUUAAACAACAGCCGUUUGUACCCAACCUUGUUACUCCAUCUCAAUUUGGUCAUAUUACACAACCAAACCAGUGUGUGUAUCAACCUCCUAAAAUCAUCACAAGGACUGUACCUGUUCCCCAACCGCCCAGAAUUAUAAUUAAACAAGUGCCAAAACUUAUACCUCAACCCUGUUCGUUUGUGACGGAAGCACCAUCGUCUGUUUUAACCCAAAUGCCUUUGGCUUCAGAUUCCAUUGUACUGGGUGGUCAGUCCCAUAAUACUGGUCAUAUCAAUCUACCGAACCUUUCUGUUUCACCACGUCCGGAACUUUCCCAGAUUACUCCCAAUCAAGUAUCUCGUGUAUGCCCUAGGGAAAUUAAGUAUGUACCGAUCACAAAGAUAGUACACAUUCCGACUCCAACAGUUGUUCCAAAGCAAGAAAUCAGAUAUGUACCGGUUACUAAGAUUGUACGUGUUCCUCUACCUCUUCCUCCACGUAUUGUUACACAGGAGUUACCUAAAGUAUGUCCAAGGCAAGAAAUUCAGUAUGUUCCAGUUACUAAGGUGGUACGGGUACCUUUGCCCCAAGCUCCACAAAUUAUAACUCGUGAGGUUCCAAAGUUUAUUACUCAAGCCUGCCCUAAACAGCAAAUUCAGUAUGUACCAAUUACUAAAGUGUUACCGUUGAUCCAACCUCGUGACUAUGUACCUCAAAUUUUGACGAAACCAGAGAUCAGAUAUGUACCGGUUACUAAGGUGGUCCAUGUACCUCUACCUCGGCCUCCACAAGUUAUUACUCGCGAAGUGCCUAAGUAUAUCUCACAAGUCUGCCCGCAACCGACAGUUAAGUAUGUACCCGUUCCUCAGGUAAUACCUCGAUCUCCACGCAUUGUUCCUGUAGAGGUACCUCGGGUUUGUCCUCAACAACCAAUUAGAUAUGUACCAGUUAUUAAAUCGGUACAAGUACCAUUGCCCCAACCUCCACGAAUAAUAUCUCAAGAGGUCCCCAAAUUUGUGUCACGAAUCUGCCCAAAACAGGAAGUGAAGUACAUACCAGUUACUAAGGUAGUACCUGUUUCAGUACCUCAACCUCCACGUGUUAUUACACGCGAGAUACCUAAAUUUGUUCCUGGAAUUUGUCCAAAACAAGAGGUGAGAUACAUACCAGUUACUAAGACGGUGCCUGUUGUUCAACCUCAACCUCCACGAAUUGUUGUUAAACAAGUACCCAUUUUAAUACCUCAACCUUAUCCAAAAGUUGAAAUAAAAUACAUACCUGUACCUUCUCAGCAGACUCGACCGAAUGUUCCUCACGUUGUAAAUAUACCACAGUACAUACGCAGUCCGCCUAAAAUAAUUACUAAAGUUGUACAGGUUGCGGUUCCCCAACCUCCCCAAAUUAUUACGCGCGAAAUUCCCAGAUUUAUAUCUCGAAUUUGCCCCACACAGCCAACUAGGUAUAUUCCUAUAGUUAAGGUAGAACGCGUUCCGAUUCCUCAACCUCCACAAAUAGUUGCCCAUGCAGUACCGAAAUAUGUACCUCGUGUUUGUCCCAGAGGGGAAAUCAAAUAUGUACCUGUACCUCAACAAUCUGUUGUACCUCAAGUGUGUGCACAGCAACAAAUUAAAUAUGUACCAAUUACAAGAUUAGUUCCAUUGCCUCAAACUCCUCGCGUUAUCACUCGUGAGGUACCCAAACUUGUGCCCCAAGCCUGUCCGAAUCAAGAAGUUAAGUUCGUACCAGUCACUAAAAGAGUACCUGUUUUGGUACCUCAGCCUCCGCAGGUGAUAAUUCAAAAAGUACCCCAACCAUAUCUAAAAACAGUUCCAGUCACAGUACCUUCGGCUCCACGAUUUGUACCUCAAUAUAUUCAGCGACCUCCACAAAUAAUUACUAAAGUUGUACCCGUCCCUCAACCACCACAAAUUAUUACUCGUGACAUACCAAAAUUCAUAACUAGAACUGGUCCAAUUAGAUAUGUACCAAUUAGUGUACCACUUCCUCAACCUCCGCAAAUUGUGGAAGUACCUCGAUUUGUAAAUCGAGUGUGUCCAAAGCAAGAAAUUAAAUAUAUACCAAUUAUACGCGCCGUACCUGGAUCACCACAAAUUAUUACUCGUCAUUUACCCAAGUUUAUCCCUCAAGCUUGCCCAAGACAGCAAAUUCAGUAUGUACCGGUCACUAAAUUAAUUCGUGUUCCUCAACCUCCAGAAAUUGUGAGGCAAUUUGUUCCCCAAAAUUGUCCCAAACAGCCAGUUCAAUACGUACCAGUUACUAAGGUGGUACACGUUCCGUCUCCUAGUAUUCCGUCGGUCGUUUCUGUUCCUCGUAUUGUUAACAAAUAUGUGCCACAACCCUAUCCUGUUCCACGAUACAUUUAUCAACCUCCACAAAUUGUUACCAAAGUAGUACCCCAACCUCCACAAGUAAUAACUCGAGUAGUUCCCAAAGUGAUACGGGAACCAUGUUCUCAACAAAUUAAAUUUGUACCAAUUCCGACCGUACCCUCCGUACAGGUUCCACAAAUUAUCACCAAAGAAGUACCUCGGUAUGUACAGCAACCAUGUCCGAUCCGAAAUAUUCCUAUUCCUCAACCUCCACAAGUCAUUGUUAAAACAGUUCCACGAUAUAUUCGCCAACCUCCGACAAUGGUACCCAUUGAAGUCCCAGUACCGCAACCCAAGCUUAUAACCAGAGUCAUUUCUACUCCACAACCUCCACGUAUUAUAAAUGUUCCACAACCUUAUCCAGUUUUGCAAUACAUUCGGCAGCCACCAGAAAUUAUUACCAAAACAGUACCUGUUGCGGUACCACAGCCUCCUCGAGUUGUGGUUCGGCAAUUACCCUGUCCAGCUUCUGUUGAAACUCCACGCGUUUUAGUGAAAGAAGUUCCACGAUAUGUUUCUGUUCCACAAUCACAACCGCCACAAAUUAUUACUAAAACUGUACCCGUUGUUGUACCACAACCACCUCAAAUUUUAACUCGAGAGGUACCUAAAUAUAUAUUCCAAAAUUGUCCAAAUCCAGGAGUCUCACGGGUUGUACCACAAUGUCCUGAUGUUUCUCCACGUGUUAUCGUUCAACAAGUACCGAAGUAUAUUCCACAAACAUGCCCGCCACAAGAAGUCAGAUAUAUACCCAUUCCACAACCUGUGAUUGGAACCUCUCCCCCGCCUCUUGUUACUGGUACUAGCGUUCAACCUUUACCACUGAGUGAUUCCCUUAAGGGCGAUUAUCCAACUGCGCCAGUUAAAUGUACACCACAAUACAUUGUCCAACCUCCUAGAGUAAUUACAAAGAUUGCACCUCCGCAAAUCGUUAUUCGCGAAGUACCAAAAUACAUAAAUCAACCUAUUUCAACUCCUCAAAUUGUUUACAAGUCCGUUCCACAGCCUUGUGCACAACCGCAAAUCAGAUAUGUACCUGUUGCCCAGCCACCAAUAAUAAGAACUGUACCUACUUCAAAUGUUCAAAUCGAACCAAGGGUAGUAGUAAAAGUUGUCCGCGUUCCUCAACCUCCUAUUGUGAUUAACAGGUGUGCCCAGCCCCUUCUUCCAUUAAGACCUACACAACAGCUUUAUCCUUUCAUUCGACCCACUCAAAAUGUAAAUGAUCAAGAUGAUGUGUCAGAUAUCCUCACGAAGCACAGUGGGCACUCAUACUUCCCACAGUCACCACAACCUCCUCAAGUAGUUUUCAAAUACAUACCUCUACCAUGUCCACGUUUGCCUUCUACACCCGUGCCACUUGUCAAAGUGAUAGUUAAGCAAGUACCCGUUUCACAACCACCUAAAGUGAUUGUAAGAAAGGAGCCAUAUUUCAAUAGAGAACUCUGCCCAAUGGUACCACUUCCUAGAACAAUAAUUAAGGAAGUACCGGUACCCUGCCAACAAAAUGUCAAUGUACCAAGGUACAUUAUUCAACAAGUGCCGAUGCCUCAACCUCCAAAAAUAAUCAUCCGAACACUUUCUUCUCCACCACGGAACAUAAUCAAAGAAGUACCAGUACCUGUGGUAGCAGGUGCCUCUUGCCCUCCACCUCAAUUAAUACGCCAACAAGUUCCCAUUCCUCAAAUAAGAACAGUUGUUAAACAAGUUCCGAUUUCCCAACCUCCAAGAAUUAUUAUUAAAACUGUACAAGUACCGCAACCACCUCAAGUGAUUUUGAAAAAGGUUGUUGUACCACUACGAGGUAAUGUCGAAUGCCCGACACCCAACAUCAUUCAAGUUCCCGUUCCCCAACCUCCGAGAAUUAUAAUAAAACAAGUCCCAAUUGUACAACCUCCUCAGGUUAUAGUCAAAGAAAUUCAACCUUACUCUUCUCAAGCUACCAUUAAUGAUCACAACUGGAACCGCUCGAAUCUGCGUGAAGUUCCUAAAGUAGUAAUACAACCAGUUCCUCACGUUCAAAUAAAAUACGUUCCGGUGCCGACGAUGAGCGGUGUCACUUGCGCGCUUCCAAAAUUGUUCCUACGCAAAGUUUUCGUACCGCAAGCACCGAUCAAAGUUUUUACGAGGGUAGUUUUACCAGACCAGUUGCAACCAAUUGAAAAAGAAAUCAUUAUACCUCGACUUCCCGAACCGAUUACAACCGUUGGUAUUGGAGCGACCGAUUCAAAAGAUGUGCAAAUUUAUAACCUUCAGAAUCGUCUUAAUGCGUGCGUAAACGGUCAAGGGGGGACGCCGCAGGUCGAAAAGCAGAGGCGAAUAAUUCAGGUACUCAAAAACAAGCUGCGCAGUAAUACAUGUUCCGUGUACGAGGAGACUAGAUCACCGGCACUUAAAGUACCAUUACCGAUGAUGCGUUUGAUCACAACAACACAACAAACACCUCGAUCUUUAAGCCAAACAUCACAAUCUACAGGAUUACACACAAUUGUUUUAUCGGCGUUGCAUGAAGCGUUUAGUUAUACACAAAAAGCACUAUCGAAAUGUAUGAAUGCACUUUUAAUUCGACAGUUAGAUAAGGCACCCGAAUCCGGGACAUCUUUACGCACUCAACCGUUCAUAGAAGACAAUCAUCAAACAGAAGGUCAAAUAGAAUUUCUCAAUUCAAUUAUAGUAGAUAUGCAAAGAAAAAACGAAGAGCAGCGUGCGAGAAUUCGACUUUUAGAAUCCGGGUUUAGUCCCGCUGCAGUAAAUGAUUUAGAUUUACUUGAACAACCAUCUAAGACAAGAGCUCCUAGGGUUUACUGCGAUAUAUGCGAGAUAUUUGACGAUCACGAAACAGAAGACUGUCCGCUACAAGCUACCGACGCCGGUUUAGUACGUCCACCUCGUAGGAAUAAGAGGGCGGCACCUACAAAUAGGCCUUAUUGUGAAAUUUGUGAACUUUUCGGGCAUUGCACAGAAGACUGCACGGAGCAAGAUCAAACGUUUUGAAUGUACUAUCGUAGUAAUUAACAAUAACGUGAUAUUUGUAUAAAGUUUAGGUAAGUAGGUACACAACUAAACAAUUCUUGUGUAACAAACAGAUGAUAUAUUUUCGUUACUUGUUAAACGGAGCUUCAACGUUAGUCUAUUGUUACAUAAUGUAGAACAUGUUUCAUAUUUAUUACACUUCCUUGUAAAUGUUUGUCAAAUUAAUUGCUAUCGCUAGUCUUUUGGAGAAUGAAAAAUAAAUUGACCAGAUUACUUAUCAGCCUA